AUGGGCCAAGGUGCAGGCCCUGCGGGCCGCAUAUCUUACCGUCUGUCUCCGUUGGAUCUGCUCCUCGCACUGAGCCCACGCAGCCCCAUCUUCAUCUUCUUUGGCUGGGAUGUGGCUCAUCUUGUCGUGGAUAAUACUCAGACACCCAUCACCGCACCGGAUCAGACGCUCGAUCAAGGUUGGUGGGAGCAUAUAGGCAUGGUCAACUCGUCAUCGUGUAACGGGAAGACCCAAGCUCUAUCGACGUUCCAGAUGGAGGAAGAAGCUUGGGAAAGAAGCUUGGGAAAGAAGCUUGGGAAAGGGAAUAGUAGGAAGUAUGCGGUAUGGAGGAAGUAA